GAGCGAGAGACAGAAAGAGAGAGAGAGAGUGUGUGUGUGUGUGUGUGACAGAAAGAGAGAGAAAGAAAGAGGAGGACGUGAGGCAUCUACAUCAGCAUGGCUUCAGUAUUCUUCCUGCUGCUCGCGGCUGCUGCCUCCGUGGCACACGGGACAGACACCCCGGUGUCAGCACUAGCAUCACCAGCGAUGGUCAACUGCACACAGGUGGUCAACUAUCCUGCCGGAUUCUCACCACAAGCGCCACUAGGGUGCACUGAACUCAAGCAGCAGAUCGCAGAAGAGGUGGCACAGCAGCUGGAAUCGCUGGCCAACGCAUCGGCAAAAAUCGGAAGGUGUGGAACUACAUGCGGACCAAUCAGACAUUCCUUUAGAAAUUGCCAGGAGAUCAAGAAGGCUGGCUUCACGGAGAAUGGUCUGUACUACCUCGACCUUGACGGACCAGGACAUGGGAGGCCUCCGUUCGAAGUCAACUGCGACCUAGCAACAGGAACGACGGCGUUCACGCACGACUCCUCCAGAGACGUGGUGGUGAAAGGGAAGGAAUCGCCCGGCUCCUACGUGUACAACGUCAGCUACGAGGUGCCCAUGCACGACAUACGAGCGGUCAUGGCCACUGCACACAAGUGCGAGCAGUGGAUCCAGUAUAAAUGUUACUCGGCGGUCCUCAUGAAGUCGUCCAGCACGCGGUAUGGAUGGUGGGCAUCGUGGGACGGGAGGCCGCAGCACUACUGGGGCGGGGCCCACCCCGGCUCCGACCAGUGCGCGUGCGGCGCCGCCGGCAACUGCGCCAAUAACGCAACGACAUGUAACUGCGACAACAACGAUGCCGUGUGGCGGGUGGACAAUGGGAUGCUCAGGGACAUCGCCGCACUACCUGUGAGCGCCAUCGUCCUAGGCGACACGGGUGAUAAGGCCGAGAUAGGAUACCACUACCUGAGCAAACUAACGUGCUGGCACAGAUAGAAGCACGCAGCAUGUAACUGCUCUCUGCCCUCCUCUCCCCUGUCACUCCGACUCGCUCUUGCUCUCUUUCUCUCUCUCUCUUC